GCGCGCGUUACGUGAAUUCUAAUGGCGCAAGCAUUUCGCAAACUGGGAGCCGCAGGAGCGCCCAAAGGUCUCGGCACCGGAGCGACGCUCUUGAUCGGUGCAGGAGCGGCGUUGUGGGGCAUAAAGAGCAGCGUAUACAACGUCGACGGCGGUCAUAGAGCGAUAAUUUUUAGUCGAUUAGGUGGCAUUCAGAAUCGUGUGUACGCCGAAGGUCUUCACUUCAGGGUUCCGUGGUUCCAGUAUCCGAUAAUUUAUGACAUCAGAACGAAGCCGAGGAGAAUUUCAUCGCCUACCGGCAGCAAAGAUCUACAGAUGGUCAACAUUAGUCUCCGUGUUCUGUCUCGUCCUCUCGCUGAUCGCCUACCACAAAUGUAUCAACUACUCGGCACUGACUUUGACGAGCGUGUUCUACCAUCCAUCACCAAUGAAGUUUUGAAGAGUGUGGUUGCUCAGUUUAAUGCAUCACAACUCAUCACACAGCGUCAAAAGGUUAGUCUAAUGAUUCGCAACCAGCUGACCCAGAGAGCUAUGGAUUUUGACAUAAUUCUGGAUGACGUCUCUAUUACCGACUUGACGUUUAGUGCUGAGUUUUCUGCAGCAAUUGAAUCAAAGCAAGUCGCACAGCAAGAGGCGCAGAGAGCUGUGUUUAUUGUUGAGAAAGCCAAGCAGGAACGGCAGCAGAAAGUUGUUCAAGCCGAGGGAGAAGCUGCGGCCGCAUCACUCGUUGGUAAAGCCAUGACGGAAAAUCCCGGUUAUUUGAAACUACGAAAGAUCAAGGCGGCUCAAGUAAUUGCCAGAACAAUUGCCCAGUCUACUAAUCGAGUAUUUUUGGAUGGACAAGCAUUGUUGCUAAAUCUUCGACUUGGAGACGAAGAGAUGGAUGCAUUGAUUGAUAACGUUAUCAAGGAGGGCAGUAAAGCUACCAACAAGAAGAAAUAGACAGAUGUGAACGUAUUUUGUUUCUUGCUUUGUUCACUGAAAUGUUACAAAUUAAGAUUGAUGUGUCGUCCACACUGUUGUAGCCUUCUAUGUAGACGAUAUUGAAUAAUCUAGAUGUUGUGUUGUGCAUUGA